AUGUCGUCGCUCAAGUCGAUGAUGGCGGCCAAGAAGGCGCAGCAGCGAAUCACGGCGCCGCACGCCAAGUACACGCAGCGCGGGCAGCUCCAGUGUGGACUGUGCAACUUGCCGCUCAAGCACGAGUCGCUGUGGGGCGCGCACGUACAGUCAAAGACCCACCGCGUCAACGUUCAGAAACUCGAAGCCGAGCAGGCAGCCGCAGCCGAACGGGCCUCAUCGAAGCGACAACGAGACGAUGCCGACGUUUCAGACGAAGAGGAGGGCGCGAAGCGAGUUCGCGAGGAGGACGACUCUGCAGGAAGAGGGGGAGGGCUACCAGCAGACUUCUUUGCGGAUCCGGCACAAGCUCCUGUACCUCGAAAACCGACUCCUCUACCCGCCGCGGGUCCCUCGACAACAGCAGCGGAGGAAGACCCCGACUGGGCCGAGUUCGAAGCCUACCUCGCCUCUGCGCCUGAUCCGUCACUCGCUUCCGCCCCUUCCGCUCCGCCCGCACGAACAACAGCUUCAGCGACUAUCUCUGCUGCGCCUGUGCGGUACGAGUUUGGCGCGCCGGUGGUUGAUGAGGAAGGCGCUGGUCAGGAGAAUGUGGAGGAGGGAGAGCAAGAGGAGACGGAGGAGGAGCGACGGGAGAGGGAGAUGCGCGAAGAGAGGGAGGAGAUGAUGGCAAGGCUUGAAGAGGAGGAGCGGGAACAGCGCGAGGCGGACGAGAAAGUUACGGUACUCAAGCGGCGGCUGGAAGCGAUCCGAGCAGCUCGACAGAAGAAGACCAAGGCGUGA